UUAGUUUGAGAUAAAACGAGAGACAAUUUACUUUUAUUUUGUUGGUUGUAGACGGAAGUGGGUCCUUGGAAGUAACGGCACCUCAUUUGUUGAGCAGGGAUUUAGGAAUGUGGAGACCCACCGCCGAGUUCCCCUCAAAUCGUCACUUUUCUCAUCCCCACAUAUCAGCUGAGUAACAUAUCAAACUACACGGACGCAGCUCUGUCCUCAAACAUGCACUGAUUGUGUCCCAGUGUUGUGACAACACGUCGGUCCCACGGGGACGCUUCUCCUGUCUCCAUACCAACGUCGAGGACGCCGCGGAGGAGGAACGAGAAGGAGGAGGAGCAGCAGCAGGAGCAGCGAAGGCAGCAGCGGCGUCUUUCUCGUCUUUGCUUUUUCUGCCAAGCGUCAAAUGCAGAUGUAAUCGGGCGGAGAUGGUAAGGAGGGAGCGGGAUCGUCAGGACACAGUCAGCCUUAGAGCCAUUUCAUGAAGGCGUCUACUUCCCUUACACCAGUGAGAACCAGGGAACCCAGUCCUCAGCAGGGAUCCCGUCUCUCCUGACCUCUCCCCUCAGUCAGAACUCUGCACCUCCAGCAGCCAUGACUCCUUCCAGCGGAGCCUCCAGCAUUCUCCCCUUCAAGUUUCGCCCUCGCAGAGAGACCGUGGACUGGCGCCGCAUCAACGCUGUGGACGUGGACCUGGUAGCGAGCCGGUUGGAUGUGGACACUCUCCAGGAGCACAUCAACACAGUGACCUUCUGCAGCCUGGAGGGAGAACGCUGCCAACGCUGCCAGAGCCCCGUGGACCCGAUUCUUAUCAAACUGCUGCGGCUGGCUCAGCUGACGGUGGAGUGGGUGCUGCACUGUCAGGAGGUGCUGGCUAUGAACCUGCAGGCGGCGGAGGAGAAGCUAGAGGCCAGAGGCAGAGAGAAGCAGGAGAUGCUGGAGCAGCAGAACAAACAGGAGGAGAAGGUGAAGACCAUGGCUGCGGAGCUGAAGCAGAGGAAGAAGAUCAUACGAACACAGCAGUCGCUGCUGGUGCCGCGGAUCAUCAGUGGACAGAAGUGCGUCCACUGUGAGAAAUCCUUCCUCAACAGCAUGUUCCUGCAGAGCCACAUGCAGCGGCGACAUCCUGAGGAGUACCAGAGCCAGCUGCGUUCAGACAGUGAAAAUAAGUCAGUCAUUGAAAACCUCAGGACGGAGAUCAGCAGUCAGAAGGAGCAGAUCACUCAGCUGCAGCAGACCCUGCAGGCCAAAACUGCUCAGUGCAUCCAUUGUGAGAAGACCUUCCUGAGCAGCACAUUUCUGGAGAGUCACAUACAACGACGACAUCCAGAAGAGCUAGAGAGCCAACUACGUUCAGAGAUCGAGAAGAAGUCUGUGAUUGAAAACCUGAGGAUGGAGAACAUCAACCAGAGAGAGCAGAUAGCUCAGCUGCAACAGAGUCUGCAGGCCAAAAAUACUCUGGAGAACGAGCUGCAGUCCAUGCAUAAAGACCUGAUGAAGGAGCUGGAGCGUCUUAAAGCUGAGGAGAUGGCUCGAAAUAUUCAAGCUCUGAACGAAGCCAAUCAGAAUCUGACGGCCAGACAUGAGAAGUCUGGUCUGCCUGAGAGAGACGUGGACAUUUACAAGGACGUGCAGAGUCAGGCCCUUCAGAAGCUGGAGCAGCAGCUGAAGAAGCAGGAUAAGAGAAUAGAGACCAGACUCCUGGAAAUCAAGGCUCAGCACGAGUCUGAAAAAACUCAGCUGCAGAAGGAGCUGAGCAGGAUGCAAACGUCUGUGUCGCGGAUGCACCAGGAGCGAAGUCAGUGGCAGCAGCAGCAGCAGGAGGUGGAGAGGCGGCUGCAGGAGAAGGAGCAGACCAUCCAGGCUCAGAGGAAACAGAUGAGAAGCAUUUCCUCAAAGCCUCCCACCAAGGUCACGGAAACAACAGUGUCCACUGCAGCACCAGAGCCCAAACCAAAGAGAGUCGUACUUGACUCCAGCAGCUACUCAGAGAGAAGGUCAGUGGAGAAGAAGCCUGAACCUCUUCGAGACAGAAAACAGCGGAUGAACACCAGUGCUCUGAAGAAGGAUCCCAGGAUGAAGAAGGAGAUUAGGAAAGAACUGGAGCACACCGUCCUCAAAAAGCUGGAGAACCUGGGAGUCAAAGCUGAACAACCAGGUCUGAAGAAGAAGGAACUGACUUCCAUCCUGGCAAAGAUUUAUUCAAAGAGAGACGGUGUUGCCUCCAGGAUGCCUGACUACUGGCGCCAUCGUGAGGACAUAGCGAGUUCCAUACAUGAGAAGAUGGGAGGAGAGAAGAGAGGAAACAACUUUGUAACAGAGGCACAGUCUGGGUCCAGGCAGCCCGUUCAAGUCUUACAGAUCCGUCCUCGGUCCAGUAGUCUUCCCUCCAGAGUCACUCAGUCCACACCAGGACCUGCUGUCAGACAGUCCAAAACCCCGCAACCUGCACCAAGAACCAAGAACUCAAGCCACCCCAAAACCUCCACACCAAACUCUAAAGCUGCUCCCAGGAUUUUCACAACCAAGACUCCUCCCUUCAGUUCAGAUGAAGAAUCUGAAGAUGACGAUGACCAACCGCAGAAACACCACGGGGCCAAAUCUCCUGUCCAGGUCAAAUCCAGCAAGUCCAGUCCACUGCAGACCAGACCUUUGUUCUCCUCCAACUCCCAGCCGCCCAGGGGGUCGGCAGUGACCAAGACAACAGUCACAGCGAUGGAGAGGGAUGAAGAUGAUGGUGACUGGUCUGAGGUCAGUGAGCUGCAGGAGAUCGACCCCGGGCAGCUGCAGUCGUACAGGGACCAGAACGGUAACACGGAGAAGAGAAGCUUUGGAAAGGAGAACAAAAUCAACAUCCUAGCCAGAAAAAUGGAGCAGCAGCUUUCCCAGAGAUCGAUAAAGAAACCAGCAGGGGGCGUCAGCAUCUUAACAGAGAGGAAAGAUGACGUGCAGGAUCUAACGUACACAGACCUAGAGGAGAGCAGUGACUGGGUCGUCUCUUCUCUGGAGGACAAACCGGACAAAGCUGGAGGAAGUCUUCAGAGGAAGAGUCAGGACUCUCCCAGCACUAGUGUCUGGGGAACGUCUACGGGAAAAGCUCCAAAAUCAGCUGGUGGAACAGGAAGUACGUUGAAGAGCACACUGUGUUCUCUCAGUGACAUCAGCGACACAGAGGACAUCAGUAACUGAAGGACAUCAGACAGACCAGGGGGUCUAAACACCUGGAUCCACUUUUAUCACAUCUGCAGCUGGUGCUCAAUAUUUAUAUAUGUUUAUAUUGUACCACAUGAGCCAUAUUUUAUUCAGGAGACAUUAGCAAUACUGAAACACUCUGGUCUAGAUUUUGUCUUACUAUAGGAAAUCAAUGAUUUUGUACCAUUUGAUACACAUUUCUCAUCAAAUUAACAAUCAGUGCCAUGUCUUUGUUUUCUGUUUUUAUAUCCAACCUCCCAAAUGCAAUUGUGUCACAAGUUAGAAAUGUGUGAAAUUUUUGUAUAUGCCUUUUUUUAAAUAGAACCAGAGUUCUGUACAGAAAGUAUUUAUAAAGAAUGAAAUAAAAGAAUGAUUAAA